GUUGACAAAAAGGGACUCGAAUGCAAAGACGCUGAGCUAGAGGGAGAGGAGGGCGGGGACCCAGAGGAAAGAGACACUCCUCGGGGUUGGGGAAGUAUUAGGUGGGGAGGGUUACAGUGGGAGGGAGGGAGCCUGGCUUUCGAAGCGACUCACAGAGGGAUAAAUAAAGGGAAGUGAGGAGGAAGAGGGAGACUGAAAGGGAAGGCAGGUGGGGAGAAGGGGAAGGAAAGAGGCAGAAGAGAAAGAGAGAAGAGAGAGGAGGAGAGAGGGGGAGAGAGGGAAGGAAGGAAACAGGGAGAGGAGGGUCACAGAGUGACCGUGGAGGAUGGGGCUUCUCGGUUCUAGAUAUUUCUGGGAUUGGAGACUGUUUGCUAGUGGGGAGACUCCAGCUCCGGCAGCCAGUUCGGGAGCGGCAAAGUAAAAUGGACAGCGACAGACAGACGUUCCAGCCACCUCUCCGCCGCCGGAAGAUCCUGGAGCUGCUUUCAGGCCAACUCCAGUUUCCCAGCUGGAGCCUCUGAACGCGCUGGACUGCGCGAGCCCAGGGAGCGCCUGAAAGCUGCUCCUCGGAGAUACCCUUCGCCGAAGCAGUAAGAACUUUCUUCUUGGGUCCCUGCAUUCCCUUCCUCCGAAACUUCCCAGGAGAAGGGCGGAAGACCCUAGGGGAAGGGGCGAGGCGAAUCUUCGCGCUGCUUUUUCUUCCCUCCCCCUUCCCGCGCCAGGCGCGCAGGCAUGGAUGUGCUCAGCCCUGGUCAGGGCAACAACACCACAUCACCACCGGCUCCCUUUGAGACCGGCGGCAACACUACUGGUAUCUCCGACGUGACCUUCAGCUACCAAGUGAUCACCUCUCUGCUGCUGGGCACGCUCAUCUUCUGCGCGGUGCUGGGCAAUGCGUGCGUGGUGGCUGCCAUCGCCUUGGAGCGCUCCCUGCAGAACGUGGCCAAUUAUCUUAUUGGCUCUUUGGCGGUCACCGACCUCAUGGUGUCGGUGUUGGUGCUGCCCAUGGCCGCGCUGUAUCAGGUGCUCAACAAGUGGACACUGGGCCAGGUCACCUGCGACCUGUUCAUCGCCCUCGACGUGCUGUGCUGCACCUCAUCCAUCCUGCACCUGUGCGCCAUCGCGCUGGACAGGUACUGGGCCAUCACGGACCCCAUCGACUACGUGAACAAGAGGACGCCCCGGCGCGCCGCUGCGCUCAUCUCGCUCACUUGGCUUAUUGGCUUCCUCAUCUCUAUCCCGCCCAUGCUGGGCUGGCGCACCCCGGAAGACCGCUCGGACCCCGACGCAUGCACCAUUAGCAAGGACCACGGCUACACUAUCUAUUCCACCUUCGGAGCUUUCUACAUCCCGCUGCUGCUCAUGCUGGUUCUCUAUGGGCGCAUAUUCCGAGCUGCGCGCUUCCGCAUCCGCAAGACGGUCAAAAAGGUGGAGAAGACCGGAGCGGACACCCACCAUGGAGCAUCUCCCGCCCCGCAGCCCAAGAAGAGUGUGAAUGGAGAGUCGGGGAGCAGGAACUGGAGGCUGGGCGUGGAGAGCAAAGCUGGGGGUGGUCUGUGCGCCAAUGGCGCGGUGAGGCAAGGUGACGAUGGCGCCGCCCUGGAGGUGAUCGAGGUGCACCGAGUGGGCAAUUCCAAAGAGCACUUGCCUCUGCCCAGCGAGGCUGGUCCUACCCCUUGUGCCCCCGCCUCUUUCGAGAGGAAAAAUGAGCGCAACGCCGAGGCGAAGCGCAAGAUGGCCCUGGCCCGAGAGAGGAAGACAGUGAAGACGCUGGGCAUCAUCAUGGGCACCUUCAUCCUCUGCUGGCUGCCCUUCUUCAUCGUGGCGCUUGUUCUGCCCUUCUGCGAGAGCAGCUGCCACAUGCCCACCCUGUUGGGCGCCAUAAUCAAUUGGCUGGGCUACUCCAACUCUCUGCUUAACCCCGUCAUUUACGCAUACUUCAACAAGGACUUUCAAAACGCGUUUAAGAAGAUCAUUAAGUGUAAGUUCUGCCGCCAGUGAUGACGGAGGAGUAGCCGGCCAGUCGGGGCUACAGGAUCCGUCCCAUUCACUAUGCUUCCCCCAACCCUAGGGAAUCAACACUUAAGAUAAUUUGCCACUUCUGUUUCUCUCUGCUCCGAUCACGGCUUGCGGACCUGGUCCCCUCUCCACUUCCUGCUCCAGGGCAGGGCGCUUUGUGCAAAGGAGACCCAGCGGAGGGGCGUGAGAGCCCAGGAAAUUCAGAGAGUUUGUGAGAAGCGACAUUGGCUCAGACUUUGCCUGUAGCAUCAGUUUUGAUCCCAGUAAUUGCCUCUUCUCUCUUCUAUCUCCUAAAUCUUUGCGGUGGAUGUUUAAUCCUUAGUUCAAGGCAGAAAAUCCAAAAAAUAAAUAAACUGUACACACUGCCGCCGCGCCCACUAAGGGGCUCCACCCCAUCACCCAACUUCUAGAACUUGGACUUGAGGUUCGGGAAUUUGCUCCAUCUCUCCCGCCCUGUGGCCCUUGAAAUAGUCACCUUUUUCUCCCCAUUUUUAUCUUUUCUUUUCUUUCAUUGCUUUCCUCUCUGCCCUCGCCCAUCCUUAUGCACGAAUCUGCUGGUCCGGAGAGGCGGAAGAGGCUGCUUUUCCCCGUGCCAGCGGUGCCCCCGGGAUUCCCCGUCUUCGCGCAGACUUGAGAUUAACUCUCUCGUGCAGUGCACAACCCCUACUUCCUUUGUUUCCUUGGACUCAAAACAAAUGGCUAGAAGGUGUCUCUUAGAGUGGACUUGUAAGUACAAGGCCGGGCCAGUGGGGGAGAGCGAGGAGGAGGAGGGUGUGCAGACCACUUUGUUUAUGCUUGCCUUGGUGUCAGCACUCACCAAAGAAACUGACAAUCAUACAGUGGAGAGAGCGGACGCUGUUUGUACAGGUAGCUGGCGAGUGUAUACGUCCUGGCAUCGCCACUUACUUACUGCGGGAGGCGCCAGCCGGCCGCUGUUUGCGCUCUGGGGACGCUGAGAGGCCUGGAAUCCGCGCGCCU